UUCUUGACAAUUUCCUAGCGUAACGUUGAACAACAAUGGAAAAAAAUCCUAACGCAGAGAAUGGUAAUAUGCCACCUAGUCUAGCCACUGAUGCUGUUCUGCUGAAAAGUGAGGCUAUUCCAAACGGGACACCUAUUAUUAAAGGCUAUGACUUCAAUGAAGGGUUGGACUACCACAGGCUGUUGCAGACUUACAUGACAUCAGGAUUCCAGGCACAGAACUUUGGCAAAGCAGUGGAAGAGAUUAACCGAAUGAUCUCGUGCAAACUCAGUCCAUUGUCCCAGGAACACACAAUAGAAUGUAACUCCCAGCAAACCUACCGAGAAAAGACAAACUGCACCAUCUUUCUCAGCUACACUUCGAACAUGAUCUCGGCGGGAGUUCGGGAAAUUAUCCGAUUUCUCGUUCAACACAAAAUGGUUGAUUGCAUAGUCACGACCGCGGGUGGCGUAGAAGAGGACUUCAUCAAGUGCAUGGCGCCGACUUAUAUGGGGGAUUUCAACCUGAGUGGCAGAAUGCUUAGAGACAAGGGUAUCAAUCGCACAGGAAAUCUACUUGUUCCCAACGACAACUACUGCAAGUUUCAUGACUGGAUGAUGCCAAUCCUAGACGUUAUGUUAGAAGAACAGAAAAGCGUGGGUACACUAUGGACGCCGUCUCGUAUGAUAGACCGCUUGGGCAAGGAGAUCAAUCACCCGGACUCUGUUUACUACUGGGCCCACAAGAACAGCAUUCCCGUGUUCUCUCCGGCACUCACAGACGGCUCCUUGGGGGAUCAGUUCUUCUUUCAUUCCUUCAAAAAACCCGGUCUCGUACUAGACAUCAUAGAAGACAUAAGAGCCAUUAACUCCAUAGCAAUCCAGUCAUCAAACACGGGGAUGAUCAUUGUUGGAGCAGGAUUGAUUAAACACCACACGUGCAACGCCAAUAUGAUGAGAAAUGGUGCAGACUUUGCUGUCUACCUGAACACGUCGUCGGAGUUUGAUGGUAGUGACUCGGGCGCGAGCCCAGACGAGGCCGUGUCAUGGGGCAAGAUACGGAAAACCGCCACACCCGUAAAGAUUUGUGCCGAAGCAUCGUUGGUGUUCCCACUGCUAAUCGCGGAGACAUUUGUACGACGACAACAAGAAUUCAAAAAUUUCAGAGUUACUUUGGCAGCUGAGAAUUAAGAUACGCUGGAGUCAAGAGAUUCAAAAGCUGUGUCAACUGAUAAAAUAUGAAUCAAUCAGCAUGAACUUGAAUUAAACCUUUUCGAGGAAGCAUAAUUAUUCCUUUGGAGGUUUGUGGACUCGUGGUAAUGGGAUCCUGACGUUACCCUUUUCUCUGUUUUGUCUCUGUUCUGUCUAGCUGAUCUUUCUAAUCUAUGGUUACUGUGCAUGUUGUUUUUUUACGUAGAUCUAGUACUUAUAGUGUACGUUUUAGAUUUUAUUGUUUCAUUAAUUGUCUUAUAGCUAUACACAUAGGGUAGUUUUAUAGUGUCUUGUUGAUCUUUCUAAUAUAUGGUUACUGUGCAUGUUUUUACGUAGUACUUAUAGUAUAGGUAUACUAGAGUAGUGUUAUAGUAUAAUUUAGAAGUUUUGAUCGAUUUCUUUGGAACAGUGUUGCAAAAUGUAUUCGUAUCUGCGAUACGUCAUAUGUUCUUAUGUAAAGCGCAUUUGAACGUGCAUUCUUGCAUGAAAAGGGCGCUAUAUAAAUCCGGUAUAAUAGCAAUUAUAAUAAUAAUAAUAAUAAUAAUAAUAAUAAUAAUAAUAAUAAUAAUAAUAAUAAUAACAAUAAUAAUAAUAAUAAUAAUAAUAAUAUUAAGGGUUUCCUGAUGUUAAGGGAUGUUAAGAUCCUAAUUGAAAGAUGGGCCUAAACAUGGUUGAUAAAAUUUAAUAUAUUUAUGUCGGCAUCACUUGUUAUAUCGCGUAAAGGGACAAACCUAUCAUAUUCCUAUUCAUAUGUACGAUACUCCAUAGUCACAAUCAUUUAGGCUUCAUUCUGCCAAAUGAUGGAAGCUGACAUCAACAAAUUUGGUGUUUAACAGUAUAGGCCUGGUCACGGAUGAACAUUUUAAACAAGCUUUGUUUUCGCCUUGAUCGAAGAUCUCUUAAAAUAAUUUCUUUCACGUUUAUUCGACUUAUUCUAGAAUAUGCCGAUGUUGUAUGGGAUAAUUGUAUGUAUAAAACAAGGUUAAAUACACUUCAAACUGAAGCUUCCCGCAUUUUUCUCCAGCUGUGUCAAUCUUAUGUCCUCAAGAUUACUUCCUUACGAUGGUUGCUGGGGAAACUCUUGGCACAAGAAGGUGCAAGUAGAAACUCGUUUUUAUCUUCAAAAUGGCCCAAGAUCUAAGUCCAGUAUUUUGUCCUUACUUUCUCCACAAUCAGUUGGCGAGCUUUUUAACAAAUCUUUACGUAAUUCAACCCACUUAGAUGUUGCUCGGGAUAUGACUUCUCUGUAUCAACAUUCCUUCUUGUCCUCAACAAUUUCUACUUCGAAUUCACUUCCAGACAAAACAAAGCCUGUUGAUAACAUAUAUGGUUUUUAAAAAGCCCUUGAUUUUAACCAAUCACGUAGUAAUACAUUGUUAUAUUAUUGUAAGCAAAUACAGCAAGUGCUGCACAUACGUCUCAGAACACACUAUAGUUUUCUCAAUUAACAUAAAUAUAUUAGAAAUCUGGUUCCAUCGCAACUUUGUCGAUUCGGAAAAAUAGAAGACACUACUCAUUUUUCACUAGUCUGUCCAAUACAUGCAAUUAGAAAAUUAACUUCCUUGAUAACUAUAAAACUACACACGAAAUAAAUAACUAGCGGUUCUCUAUGUUCCAAAUAAUUUCUUUAAUUCUAACUACAUCAACAUUGUUUUUCUUCUUAAUAAAUUGUAACAAUGAAAAUAAACUUUGGAUCCACUUAUACUCACAAAUAUGUUAAACCUUUAUUUAUUAACCAUUGUUUUGUUGUUAAAACGGACAUCACCGUCACUAUGUUUGUAAAUAUAUUACUGAGGAAAUCAACCAUACUAACUCAGAUAACGUUCCAAUGCUAUAAGA